GAGAGUAAUGGUAGUAACGCAAGUAGAAACUACCGACUCUGACAAAUCAGUAUUUCAUUUGACCACAACCCAGUGUUUUCCCCGAAUUUCCACCAUUUCCACGAUUUCCAAAAUUUCAAAAAUUCCCUCCCCCGCGUUAUGUGAUUUCCCCGGAAAAAUCGUCUCACCUGUGCACAAUUGUCCCCCACCAAAAUCCGCAAAAAAAUCAAAAAAAUAAAAAAAAAUUGAAAAAAAUCGGUGAAUAAAUCUGGUGGUGCGCGUUUGAAAAAUUGACUCCUCGAUAUUUCGCGUGUCCCGGGGAAUUAUUGAACAUCGUGACGAGGUGUCGCGUUUUAAUCGAAGGAUGAACCUCCGGAUGAAUCGAUCCAGCGAAACGCGACUGGCAUAAAUCCCCAGGUAGCCACACCUAAGUCCGCAAAAAUAAUCGGUAAUAAUCGGUAAUAGUGACACGAUGAUGAGCAAGUGCGGGAUAUUCACCUCGGAGUAGAUGGUUAUCAGGUCGACGAUCUUGAAUUUAAUGGAGUGAUGAGCACUGCCCCCACCAGGGGCCAGCUGCCCCGUCGACGACGUCAGAAUCGUCAGAACCGUCACCACCAUCAUCACCACCAUCACCAUCAUCACCACCACCAUCACCACAGACACCGACCGGUGAGACCCACCAGAAGACGAUCCUGGAAUUAUUGUCACAAUGACUACCAGAAGGGUUCGGACUACUCCAGCGAGGACUGCCCGAAGCAACACCUGGAGCACGAGGAGACGGACGUGGAGAAGCGUCCGAAGGUCAAUCCGAUUUUUCUCUGGGCCCUUCAACGAGAGCAGAGGAUCAUCGAGGUGCGGUGCGAGGACUACGACAAAAGGAAUCGAAUAAAAUUGACUAAAACGGCUCAGGGCUGGAGAUCGAUCCCCAGGACACUCAGCAACGUCUACAGCUCGAUGUCCUGCAGGGUCGACUACAAUUUAACAAACAACACCAAUUCCUCUUCUCUCUCGACGUGCUCUGGCUCAUCAGUGCCGUUUUCCCCGUCGUCCUGCUCCAUCUCGUCGUACUCCACGUCGGUGACCUCCGAGUCCGAUGACAACCCCAAGACCCGGAGGCAGAGUCAAAUCGAGAAGAUCGAUAGUUGUGAUGAAUAUCGAUUUGACACCGAUGGCGAUGGCGAUGGCGAUGAUAACUCUCCGGAGAAUCCCAAAGGAUUUAAUAAGGGACUCUUCGUGGACCUCAAGAAGGUGCAGAAGGAUCAGCUGUUUCAGCCCCGGGUGCUCCUGGAGCCUCUCAGUCCUGGGAGAUUGUUCUCUGUCAAUCGAUUCAAAUGCACCAGUCUCGAUGAUGAUAUCGAAAUGGUAGAGGACGAUGUAAAUAAUGUUGAUAAUCAAAUUAGUGAUGGUUUCAAGCACGAGGAGUUUGACUGCAGCGAGGAUGAGCUCAUCGAGGAGAUCGAGGAGAAGAGCGAGGACAAGGAUAUCGACGAGAGUAUCGAGGUGUUUCAGUACGAGGACGACCACUCGUCGGAGGAUGGGAAGAUCGAGGAGAGGGAGAUGAUGCCCUUCAAGUCCGAGGUGUUUGUACCUCACAAAGUGGAGAGGCCCGAUGUACCACCCCUCAAGCCCAUCGUCUGGAAGAAUUCCAUGGAGGAUAAGUUGACGAGAGUCAAGACCUCUGACAGUCCUCCUUGUCUCGUUACGUGCUCCGAGGACGCCAGGACGAGCCUCCGGAAGAGACGAGCGACUCCUGGAUUGAUUAAAAUCAGACCCAACGAUUGGCAGCGCCAGGAAGCCAUCGCUAGACCCGCCAAACAACUUCGGGAUCUCAUCGAGAGGUGUGGAGAUGCCAUUCCUGAUCCACUCCUCGUACCCAGGUGUCGACUCCCGGUGCUCGCGGCUUAUCCUGCCACUGAAAUACCUCAACUCCUGAUUUCUCAUCCUGAGUUGAGACUUCCUGAGGCGCUUUCUAGGCCCGAACUCCUCGGAGAUCCCGAUCUUCUUGUUAUUUCCCUUGAUCACCUGCAGAAGGUCCUCGAUGAGAAGGCAGAGGCCAUCGGGAGGACCUGGACGGGGGAGAGGAUCAGUCAGGGCUCUGAGGAGAUCCCCCGGGAGUACAGGACCUGCGGCGAUGAUGGACUUCAAGGACGAUCCAAACAAGAGGCGCAUGUCACCAGCAGUGACUCCACACUCUGGAGACCUUUCUUCAGUUGUCGUAAAAAAAAUGAGGAAGAGACAACAAUUUAUCGGCAUCAAAAGUCUGAGGAGCGUUGCGCCUCGUGGCAUAAAACAACAUUGACAUCUUGACAACAAAGUGAUAAUAAAUAAUUAAUCCCGCAAUGCGCAUUACAGACGUAACUAAUAGUAAAAUCAACAAAUAAAAAAACAAAUGUAACGAGCCAAUUUAUUCAGGUGCAAUAGUUUAAUCAAGGCUAUACUUAUUUAAACAUAAACUGUAGACACGUGCAAUUUUUAAUAGCUCUUCUAUUAUUAUUUAUAAUUGUUAUUCCUUUUUUAAAAAUUCGAUAAAUAAAAAUGAUAACAAUUGGUUGUUUAUUAGGGACACGGUGCAAAUAAUUUUACAGAUUUUAUUUAAAAAAACUGUUGCCUUUUUUAAGAUAUAUUUGUUAAUGGAUUAAUUAUUUUUGUUGUUCACAGACUGUUGAAUCGAUUUAUUUCAUUUUCAUUUGUUGCAUUGAAUAUUUUUUUUUAUGAAUAUUUCCAGGUGCGGAGAAUUGUCAAAGGCUAGGGAAAAAUUGAUAAUAAAAUUAUUGUAGAUAAAUUUGGUUUUAGAUAGACGAGGAAAUGGUUUUUAUCAUUGGAUUUUUUACUUAGGUAUGUGUACGGAUGUGUAUGAAUGUUUAUAAACUUCCGGUUUGGGAGUUAUUGAAUUAAAUUAACGUGUACUUCUUCUUGUAGCUUGAAAAUUCAUACGAAUAAAAUAAUGACGUCAAGAGGA